AUGACGAACAUCCUUCUACGCGCCGCGACUCGUGGUGGUUCCCUACGCGCCACCUUGACCAGACGGUUUUCCACCGACGCAUUGGUCGAGGCCAAACCAGGCGAGAUCGGAUUGGUUUCCGGAAUCCCUCAAGAACACCUUCGUAGAAGGGUUUUGAUUUACUCUCCUGCUAGAACGGCUGGUCAACAAGGAUCUGGGAAUGUUGGAAGAUGGAGGAUCAACUUCUUAUCAACCCAAAAGUGGGAAAAUCCACUGAUGGGGUGGACAUCCACCGGGGACCCGUAUGCCCAUGUUGGUGAUUCUGCCUUGGAUUUUGAUACUGAAGAAGCAGCAAAGGAAUUUGCAGAGAGACAUGGUUGGGAAUAUGCGCUGGACUGCAUCUGGAACAGAUAUGACCAGAUUGCAUCUGUUAGAAACAGUUAA